GCUGUCAGCUUUCAGUAACCGACUUGCUGAUGGCGGUACAUGUGAAGUUGCCGUUUACCGUGAUCACCAUAGCGACUGCUGCCUUGGCUCUGGCGCUGGGCUCCAGCCCUCAGCCGAGAACCUUGGCUGCCCGGUCGGACUCUGGGCGCCCGGUGCGAUUUGAUUAUGAGACCCGGUAUUACCGGCAGAAGAUUGAUCACUUUGGAUUUGCUGAAGAUGCUACAUUCAACCAGAGGUACUUGAUAGCAGACAAACAUUGGAAUCAUAAUGGUGGUCCCAUUCUUUUCUACACUGGAAAUGAGGGAGACAUCACAUGGUUCUGUAACAAUACGGGUUUUAUGUGGGAAAUUUCGAAGGAACUGGAAGCCAUGUUGGUGUUUGCCGAACAUCGGUAUUAUGGAGAGUCUUUGCCUUUUGGGAGCAAAUCAUUCAGUAAUCUCAAGAACUUGAAUUACUUCACUUCUGAGCAAGCUUUGGCUGAUUUUGCAGUUCUUAUACGGAAUCUCAAACAGACCAUCCCUGGAGCUCGGACUAGUCCUGUUAUUGCUGUAGGUGGCUCCUAUGGAGGAAUGUUAGCAGCCUGGUUUAGGAUGAAGUAUCCAAACAUUGUUGUUGGAGCUCUGGCUGCUUCUGCUCCAAUAUGGCUGUUUGAGAAUUUGUCUCCAUGUGAAGGCUUUUAUAAUAUUGUGACCAAUGACUUCUUGAAGAGUGGAAAAGGCUGCUCUGAAAGCAUCAAGAAUUCUUGGGAUGCAAUUAAUAAACUGUCAUCCACAGCGGAAGGUUUAACCUUUCUUUCCCAUACCUUCCAUCUCUGUUCACCAUUACAAGCUACAGAUGUGGUAUUCUUCAAAUCAUGGCUGAGCAACACUUGGGUUAAUCUGGCUAUGGUGGACUAUCCAUAUAAGGCCAAUUUUUUACAACCCCUUCCUGCUUGGCCUAUUAAGGUUGUUUGUACCUUUCUCAAGAACCCCUCACUACCAGCAGAAUCCCUGCUGCAAAACAUCUUUAAGGCUGUGAAUAUAUAUUAUAACUACACUGGCAAUGUAGCAUGCCUGAAUAUCUCGCAGACUGCAACUUCCAGCCUUGAUGAUCGAGGCUGGGAUUACCAGACUUGCACAGAAAUGGUGAUGCCUUCAUGUUCUGAUGGCAUCAAUGACAUGUUUGAACCAAUGCCAUGGGACCUCCAAUCGUACUCUGAUAACUGCAAGAAAGACUGGGGAUUACUUCCUAGACCUCAAUGGAUGACUACAGUCUAUGGUGGGAAAAAUAUCAGUUCACACAGCAAUAUUGUCUUCAGCAAUGGUGGUUUGGAUCCAUGGGCAAGUGGAGGGGUGACUAAAUCUAUCUCUGAUACGUUGAUUGCCAUACUUAUUCCUGAGGGAGCACAUCAUUUAGACCUGCGCUUAAGCAACAAAGAGGACCCUGUCUCUGUCCAAAAAGCACGAACUCUGGAAGUCAAAUACUUUAAAAAGUGGAUUGAACAGGCAAAAACUGAACCAGUGCUAUGAUAUUGCAACAAACAUUAUAUUGAAAAUAUAAGAAAAGUUGGACCGAUUCUUCUGCAGCCUAUUAACUUUUCAAACAAUAUUCUACACAGAUAUUUGAAAUUAAGUUGGAGCCUAUUAUUUGUUUACAUAACUGAAAAUAAAAUAUCCUUUUAAUUCAGGUGUGAAUCCUCAAAACCAAUUUUGACUUGGUCAGAAAUCAAUUCGUUUUUGAUUGAGGAAUUAGUUCUGAAACAAAAUACAAUUAACUGCACAGCUUGUAAUUGUUUUCAGUUAAAAUAUAAUUGUGAUGGAUGACAUUGUAUUUUUGAACAUAUUUUACAGUUAUAAGAAAUCCAUAAGUUAAAAUUGCUACAGCUUGAAUUAUUUUUAAUCAAUCCGUUUAAGCAUGUUUUGAUAUUCCUUUGGGUCAGAUGAGACUUGAACUCAAAUCUUCUGGCUGAGAUGUAAGGCACUACUUCUGCACCACAAGACCCUCUGCUUUUCUGAAAAACCUGAGUGACAUUAGUUCUUGAACCUCUAAAUAGUUGAAUGACUCUGGUUAAAUGUGAAGAAAAAUAACUCCUUGGUAAUCAAUAAAUCAUUGCACAAUCACUGCUU